AAUCCAGAACACCCCAAAUAUAAAUACUCGGUUGGAGUCUAAGGUGCGUUGUUAAGUGUUUUGGGUAUAGUGCUCAUCAUCAACAUGGGAAGACGAGAUUACAUCAAUCUUCUUCCCAAAGAGUUAUUAUCUGAUGUUUUCAUUCGUCUCCCUGCUAAAUCACUUGGGCAAUGUAAGUGUGUUUCGAAAUCAUGGAAAUCCCUAAUAUCUGACCCCAAUUUAAUCCAGACGCAUCUCAUCAGAGCCUCCGUAACUAAACUCAUGCUCAUUUCAUUCCAUUCCGACCCUUGUGGCAUGUACACUACCGACUUUUUUCAUGAUGCCAGGUACGACUACAAGAACCCCAAUUGUAAAAAACUUCUAAAGACAGUUCUUGCCAGGAUGAAAGCCCAGCGAGAGACUAAGAAAAAGUUGAAUUUUAAAAAUUCUUCAAAUAGAUGGACUAAGGUUUGGGGUUCGUGUGAUGGGUUAAUUUUAGUUCAAAACGACCUGUUACACCCAGCUUUGUAUGUGCUUAAUCCUACAACUUUAGAGUCCAGGAAAUUACCUCUUCUGCCCCUGCAAUUUUAUCAAUUAUCUACUUGCAAUACGUUUGGGUUUGGCUAUGAUUUCUCCUGUGAUGAUUAUGCAGUUGUUGCUAUAUCGUCUCUCUCUGGCUCUGCUACUGUUGCUUAUGUUUCCAUGCUUAAAGCAAGUCAAUGGAAGAGGGUUGCGGAUCCCCCCUUUGAUCUAAUUAAGAGGGUUGCUGGGAUUUUUCUUGAAGGGUCUCUUCAUUGGUUGAGUGAAAAAUCGAUGAUUAUUUGGGCAUAUAAUAUAGCUGAGAAAGAAUUCUCAGGGGUGCCAUUGCCAAUUGGGGUUUUUGAUUCGAACUCGGUGUUUCCCAGGCUUGGGGUUCUUAAGGGGUGCCUUUGUUUAUUCUCUAAUGUGAUUAAUAGUGUAAGUGAGUUGUACGUGAUGAAGGAGUAUGGGGUGGUGGGAUCCUGGACUAAAUUGUCUGUUGUUCUGUCUGAUGUUUCUCAUGUUGCGUCGUUAAAUUUUCGGGACGAUAGCUCAGGCUUUCCGGAACAUGGUGACUCUGUCUUGCUAGUUUCCAAUGCAAAGUUUUCAGACCUCUAUGAUACGGAAGUUCUUGGAUUGCCAAAUGAUUUUCGAGUGGGGAUGACUUUUGUUGAAAGCCUAGUGUCACCUGAGAAAGAUGGGAACAAGAAUACCAGAGAAAAGAAAUCAGAAACAAUACCGAGGCCGAGACAAUGCAGAUAUGACAUGUCUGGAUGGCUGAAGGCUUGGUAAUACAACUAGGUAACGUGAUCAGAUAAUUAACGUUUCUUUGUGGUCUCAGGUCGAACCCUCCUAUCCCCCAAUAUCUUUUUCCAUUUAAUUAUGGUAUAUGAUCCAUUUGGUACGUGGUUUUAUUAUAACCUUGAGCUUUAGGAAGAGCUUUAAAAUUUACUAUGUGCGUUGUCUUAAAAUUGGUAAUCUCAAAUGUUGGAUAGCAAGUGGAUGAUU